GCCGCCUCUUGAUACGAUUAGCAGCCCUUUAAUACUGGAAAUCGGAUGGAAGCUUAGCUAUUGCUUGACGCCGCCCGGUCUUCGGCCUUCCGAGGAUGACGUUUUAGUCUUGAAAGUUGGAGGAAGGACAUUUUACUGCAAUUUGGCCUUAAAACUGUCAUCUGCUUGCAAGUGGACAGGUAGAUCGGCAAUCUGGCAGUGAGGCACCCCUGCCCCUCCAGCUGUGCCUGAUAAUAGUAAUAGGUGAAUAACCACUCGUGGAAUAAAGGAAGUCGGAGGAGAAAACUUGGGAGCGUUCAGUUUGGUGAGGAUAAGGGAACACAGCUCUCUGCCCGGUAUGCAAGCCGCCCUGGGAAAUCGAUUGGUUAGGUUUGCAUCGCGAGAUUGUUAAUAUUAAUUAUGUGGGAUGAAAUUCUUGAUGAUGCGGAGAAGUGGGGAAUAAGGGUUACGUUGGUUUCAGUCAGGAGUGUGCGUAGGAAAAGUAGAACGUAUUGAAAUUUGGAGAAUGUUGGUGGGCUGAAAAAAAAAAACUAAAGAGGCUUUACAGAGAAGCUUACCCAAUGCUGUAAGUAUUUCGUCUAUAAUCAACUUUUAUUACUGCUUUUAUGCUAUGGUGACUACUGAAAGGUUGAAUUGAACUUUCUUAGAUAACUUUCUUUCCCGUGAGUUUGGGAGUUGAAUUUAAGUUACAAGUCCCGAAUCAGAAGGGUACCGAUAGUAAAGCUAAACGCGCGUACUGUUUACAUGUCAGAAAGGUUUAUUUUUAAAAAUCUAUAUUGCCUACGGGUCGUCUGUAUAAUCUGCACAGCUGCAGUCCCCUAUUUGCAAUUUCAGAGAGAAAAGCUCCUUAGAGUUAGUGGAGCUUUAUCUAAACAAACCUGAGUACGAUUGGAUUGAAUGACUUCGAUGUGUGGGAAAAGAUUUUUUUUUAAUAUGCAAAGAUACAAGUAGAGAUAGGAAAGAGAAGGUAAGUAGGAGUAGGGAUAGUUGCAGAAGUUAGGUGUACAGGAUGGUGCAGGAAUAGGACGAGAUUGUCUUCUGUUGAUUUCCGACGACCGUCAGCUGUGUAGACCAGCAGGAGCAUGGGUCUUGGAAGAGCUGGGGGAAUGCAGGUACUGCCGAGAAAAGACAAACGGAGAACCGAGGGCGGUGGUGGGCAAAGGACGUGAGAAGCCGGCUUGAUUUAAGCGGACUGCUCUUCUCCAUUUCCCCUCGGCCUUCGCCUUCCCCUGCUCUUUGCCGGAUGAUCCCGAAAUACCUCGGCCGCAGGACCCACAGCCGACAGGGAAAGCGGUGGCGGCGGCGCGAUUCUAUUCGGCUGAAGCAGGAGUCCGGCUAUGGCAGAGACGGAGAGCGGCGGCGACAGCUCGGUGCAUAGGACUCGUUUCGAAGCGGCCGUGAAAGUGAUCCAGAGCCUGCCCAAAAAUGGUUCUUUCCAGCCAACAAAUGAAAUGAUGCUGAAAUUCUAUAGCUUUUAUAAGCAAGCAACUCAAGGACCUUGUAAUAGUCCAAGACCUGGAUUUUGGGAUCCUAUUGGUAGAUACAAAUGGGAUGCAUGGAGUUCAUUGGGCACAAUGCCCAAAGAAGAUGCUAUGAUUGCAUAUGUUGAAGAAAUGAAAAAGAUUCUUGAAACAAUGCCAGUGACAGACAAAGUUGAGGAACUGCUACAUGUUUUAGGCCCAUUUUAUGAAAUUGUAGAGGAUAAAAAAAUUAAAGGAUCUAAUCUAAUCACAGAUCUUCACAAAGCUGUGCCAACUAUGAAUGGAAAAUCAGAAAAUGACAACAGUGGAGCAGAAUCGGAGGAAGAAGCACAACAGGAAGAAUUGAGAGAUGUCCAGCAGAUUGAUAAAGGACUUUCAGAAGAAGAUAUGAAACAAAAUUCAUCCCCUGAUAAGGACUUAGAUGGUGUGGUUGUUAAUGGCAGUUGUAAUGCUGUUUCUGACAUUGACUUGAGCAAUGGCAUCCAGACCAAAUCUAACUUGAAUGGCAUCAGCGUGGAUGAUGAAAUAAAGAAAAAUGAAAAGUGCCUUGAGUUACCAGUCAUCCCUAACUGGGAUUCUAUUCAUCAAGGUCAAAAUGAAGACACCACUGAAGUGUCUGGAAUUCAACUCUUGACAAGUGAUUCAGAUAAUGAAAUAUACUGUGAUUCAAUGGAGCAAUUUGGACAAGAGGAGAUCCCAGAAAUCAGCUCAUCAGUCAAAGAAAUUUCCAGACAUCCAUUAACUUUCUCAGAAGUAGAUCAUAAUAAUCUUAUAGAAACUUCUGGUUUUCUUGAACUUGGAAACCACAAAGCAGAAAGUAUAAAGGAAACUGCACUUGAAGGAAAGGGUGAAGUCAAGUGUGGCGGUGAAGAUGGCAAAGCAAAUGAUGGAGGCCCUCAAAAAGAGAAGAAAAAUGGUGAAAAGGUUGAUUUCUAUGGAAUUCGAAGGGGAAGAGGACACAGAAUGUAUCCUUUAGGAGAUGGUGCCCAAGGUGGACAGAUGGGCAGUGGAGGAGAUGGAGAACGAUGGGGUUCAGACAGAGGACCACGGAGCACCCUCAAUGAACAGAUCGCAGUUGUACUCAUACAAUUGCAAGAAGAUAUGCAGAAUAUUCUUCAGCGAUUACAUGCACUUGAGACACUCACAACUACACAGGCAACACUACGUUCAAAUUAUCAGCCUGAGGCACCUGUUAAGAAACCAUCAUGGUGGUCCUUUGAGAUUUCUCCUGGUGCUUUAGCCUUUGCUGUUUUAUGGCCCUUUGUUGCCCAAUGGCUGGUGCAUUUAUAUCUUCAAAGAAGAAGAAGAAAACCGAACUGAGCCUUCCAUUCCUGAUUUUAUGUAAGAACUAUUAGGAUCGGAAGAUUUUGAAAAAUACCGUAAUUAACGCAGGAACUAUAAGCUCUGGAAUAAUUAAAACAUCCUUCGUCUUUUUCCUUUACAUUUUUUCUUUUUCUUUUUGCACUAUUGAAGAUUCUAUACUUGAAUGAGACAUCUUUACUAUAUUUCUAAUAGAACAAAUACAACUGUCCUAAGCAAUCAUAUGAACUACAAUUAUUAUGACAAUACUUUCCUGAUGAACAGUUUGUAUAAUGUCUUAGUUUUCAGUUUCUACUGGGGGAAAAAAAGUCUUUAGAAAGGAGAAGAAAAAUCCUUGAAAGCAUAUAUCCCGAUUCCCCAAAUUCCAUGGUACUGUAGCUGUAUAAUUUGUUUUAUAAUGCCAGCAUUUUGGUUAGACACGCAAUAGAUUGAGUAAACAGUACACCCCCCCAAAGGCUGAAGUAUGCAGAAUUGCUAUGAUUGCAUUUAAGAGUAAUGUCUAAUUUCUAACUGCUACUAUAUGUGAUAACUUUUUAAUAAAUAAGAUUAAAUGCUUGAGGCUGUUGAUUUUGCUUUCACAGGUGCCACCAAAAUUAUAUAUUUUUAAAAGCCACAAAACUAUGCAUAGCCAUACAUCUCAGUGUAAGAAUACACUGAGAUCUACACCAAACGGAGUCUCAAAUAGAAUGAUCGAUUCAAAAUAUUUCAUUGGAAAGAAUGCUUGAUAAAGAAUAAAAACAGCCCUGAAGAUACUAAAUUCAGUGCAACUUGAGGCAAGUUAUAAACACUUAUAUUGAAUAAAGAGGCAAGUACUGUCUUUAUUCAAAAAAUCCAAUUUAACCAACACUUAGUCAUAGGUUUUGUAUACUAAAAACUUACCCUAUGAUGCUGUUGUGCAUUUGUAAAGAAAUACUUUGUAAAUGGAUACCAGUGGGAAAGGGUGUUACCGAUAACAGCAAUACCUUAUCUAAAGCUAUGCAAACAACCCUGCUGUUAAGUUACUCCCACUGACUAAUCAGAACUGGACAAUUUAUUGUACUGUAUCCAACACUGGAAGAAAUCUAUCAAAAUGAAUAAGACUAUGAUACUUGCAGGCAGAUUCACUUUUUUUUUUAAAAAAAAAUUGUAAUAUGCCUUGUUAAGAGCAUAUACAACUCCUUUUGACUAAUUUGAACAUCAGAACGGCCACAGGAGGUACAUCCCACCCGCCAGGGGAUUUAAACAAACCCAGGAACCCUAAAUUUGGUGCCAUUGUUAUUCAAAAACUAGGUGCUGUGUUCUCAUGACUGUUCAUCACGGUUAAAACAUCCCCUGAAGUUUGAGCUCUUUGUCCAGAAGCCUCUCAAAUUUAUAAAACAGUAAAUCUUUUAGCUAUAGUCAUUGCUAAGUCUGCUACAGUUGCAGAUUUAAUAAGUUUUGAAUGUCACUUUGAGGAAAGGUAUUGUAAAUACUUCAAACCAGAUAGAUCUUUGUGCAGGUGCAUCUGCAGAAUAUGGUCAGAAAAAUUAAGGUGGUGACCGUGUAAGUGUGAUUGAAGUUCUGUUCACAUUUUCUAUAAAAUUAGGCAGAAUUUGGAUCACCACUGGCCAUUCUUUUGAUCACAUACUCCUGCCUUCCUGCAACAGUUGAUUAUAAAUUCAAUCAGCUUGUAUAGAUAAGAAUAUUCUGUGAAGCCACAGCUGGCUGUUUCUGUUGUUUGCAUCUUGCUAAAUCCAGAACAUCCCUUUUUACUGUUAACAGGUAAGCAAAAUAUUUAACUGUUACAGUAAAAUUUUCCUGUAAACUUUUAACUUUUCCUGUUUUAAUGCUUUCAUAGUCUAUUUUUUGCUCUAAAUUGCUUUAAGAUCAUUGUAGCGUUAUCAUAUUACACUUCUGCCUAUUGAUCAGAUUUAUAUUGGGAUAUAACAGCUGUUGUAUUUUCUAAAUACAAUUAGAAAGAUAGAUGGAAAACAAACAAUAAAGGUUAAGUUUUUUGUUUGAUAUGAUAUUCAGCUGUUUUAAAAUACAGCUUAAGGUGAUUGUCUCCUGAUUAUGGUGAAAAAGAAAAUGAACUGAAGCUGAUAUGUUUCUAGAUAAUGAUGUUCUAUCUAUACCGUAAUUGAUGAGACUAAUGGGAAAACAUUCUGCUCUAAUGUAAGGUCUCAAAAUUUGAAAAUCAACUUUAUAUCUAUUAUAUACAAAUACUGUAAUUGCAGAAGUCAAACACUUCUGCUGUAUUAUAUAGAACAUGUUUUUACAGUUAAAUUUUAAGAUAAAUCACUUUAAUAUAUUGUAAAAUAACAUUUAAAAUAAAGGAAUGAUAGGA